CCACGUUAUAUUUCCCUUCGCGCUUCCUCCUCUUCUUACUCCUUCUUUUCGCUCUUGCCUUCCGUCUCAGGUUCCCUCUCUGCGUCCCUCUGCUUUGUUACCCCUCCCCUCGCUCCCCGCCCCCGCCUGGCACUGCGGAGCCGGAGACGUGACCCGAGCGGACUCGCUUCCCGCAGCUCCAGCCUCUCGCCGCAGAGUCGCAUGUCCUCGAUCCAGAACCUCCAAUCCUUCGACCCCUUUGCUGAUGCAACAAAGGGCGACGACUUACUCCCGGCGGGGACUGAGGAUUACAUUCAUAUAAGGAUCCAGCAACGGAACGGAAGAAAGACACUAACAACUGUUCAGGGCAUUGCAGAUGAUUAUGACAAGAAGAAACUUGUGAAAGCUUUCAAAAAGAAAUUUGCUUGUAAUGGUACUGUGAUUGAGCAUCCUGAAUACGGUGAAGUUAUCCAGCUGCAAGGUGACCAGAGGAAGAACAUUUGCCAAUUCCUCUUGGAGAUUGGCAUUGUCAAGGAAGAACAACUGAAAGUUCAUGGUUUCUAACAUACUUGUACUCUUAUGAAGAACCCUGCAGUAUUGGUCUUACCUAUCCUGGCUUUUCUGUGAAAAAUGAAUCUUUGCAGUGAAUGGACUUCCCUGUUACCUGAACAUUUACAAUUUGAUUUGCAUGACUGCAUGAAACAGGUGUUGUGUAGACUAGAAACACAUAAGAAAACUUCAGUAAGAUGAUUUUUGAGUUCAGAAAUGAAUCCUUAAGGCACUAGCAACAAUUAGGGGAGCCUUAUAUGACGAUUUCUUUCUUCAUCUGGUCUAGACAAUUCCACUUGUAAAAAUCCAGUCUCUCAAUCUCCACAAAUUCUGUCUGGUGUUACAGAUCUUAACUGUUCCAGAGAAAGGAUGCUCCAGAAGAUUGUAUACUGUUAAGGUGCAAUACGUUCAGGAGGAGGAAAUGCCUCAUGCAAAGCGCAAAAUACCCACAUACCAAAUGGAAAUCCAAAAAUAAAUCUUAUGCAAGUCUUGCAGAUGAGCAGAAUAAAGUCAUUCUACUGCAAGUUUACGUAGUCCUGAUUCUUAACUGCUGAAGAAAUCAGUCUUUUGGGGGUACAUAGCAAUUAGUGGUUUUCAUUUUAUCACAUGCUAGAAAAACUGAUGUUCUCUUUUAAAGUUUGUUCUCCUGCCCAAGAGGAAAACUAAGCAGUAUCCUCUCUUUUGCUGGUAUUAUACAAGUACUUCUAGUGGGCUUUGAAUUGAAGAUUAACAAAUGACUAGAAGGUCUCGUGUUACUGAGUCAGUCUUCAUUUCAGAUGGCAUUCCAUUAACUUUUACUACCUAAGCUUGAGUCAUUUCUCUGUAGUCAUUCCACUUGGAAUAAAUUAGACAAAUCUUUGAUUUUCUUCCUCCUCAUUUAAAAAUCCUUUCUAAGAGCAGGAACCUUGCAGUUGAUAGGUGACUUGGGUGGAGAUGCUUGUGUUUUGACCUUUGAAGGGAAAAAUUAUAAGGAGAUGGAAUAAGACAUAAGACAUUUGAAGUUUUUUAAAGAGGUGAGAUUUGUUGUGGCAACAAACCAUUUGAUCUUUCUAGAAGGAAAGCAGAAAUUUUUGUCCAUGAGUGUUUUAAACUAAGACAGUGUUUCUAAGAUUGUAAUUAGCCUUGUUAAAAGCCCAAAACUCUUUGUAUGUUCUAGACGAAAGCUUCAACAAUAUCAUGUUUUGUCAUUCUGAAACUUCUUUGUCAAAGGUAAACUUAAUUGGAAUACAUAUCUAUGUUCUAAAAAUGCUGAAAAUGAAGGCUUUGGAAAAGAACUGUUUAAAGUGCUGCCACAUAAAUCUGUUUUCAGAAUGAAGGCAGGUUUCAAUCUUUUUAUCUAUUCUGAAAUAGGUUAAAAAUGUUGAAGGAUGUGGCCCAUAAUUGUCAGGGCACUAAAAAGGAGCUUACAAUAGAAAACUCUUUUGAAGUCCACUAGUAGGACCUGAGGCUGGCCAAGCUCAGACUGCAAAGAAUGCUGGCUUUUUGUUGGAAUGUUGUGAAGUCUGUGUCCUUCAGACCUACCAAUCAAGAUUGCCACCUUAGUGAUACUUGGGCUUAAUCUCAAGGUGUUAUUGGACGUAGAAAUUUGUUUUGAAUUCACAGCCUUGUGCAUAGUUUUAUUAGGCUAUUCUAGCUGACUCUGAGCUGAUACCUUGGAGUAAGGUGUUGCAUAAAUAAAUUCACUAAAUUGUCUGUUCUGAGCAGUUAUGAGCAACACAAACCUUGCUUGCCAUUGCUGCUGGCAGUUCUUGUUUGUAGAAUAUGAGGUUUAGUAAUUUAAGUCUGUAAGAUGCCCAUUUCCUCUUACUGUGCAAACUCUCAGGCCCUUGACUGUCACCUAUGGUCUGCUAAAUCUGACUGUGUCUCAGAGAUGAGCAUGAGGAGCACAGCUGGGCAGAUAAUUCUUGAGUGGAGUAACCUCUGAAAAGAGGAAUGCCUGGGCUGUGUGCAUGCUAUUCAUUGCUUCGGUGGCUUUGCUUGAACCUUUAUUCCUGAACUCCAUUUUUGCACAGCCUAAAUGAUUAACAUUUUGUUUUGGAGAGGGGAGGAGGGAACUAGUGAAAAAAAAAAACUGUCUUAGGAAAUAUGUUUAUAUCUGAAGUUUGUUUUCAUCAACUUAGAUUCCUGGACUGCAAGACCUCUGUAACGUUUUUUUCUCUCUCUGUUCUUUAAAAAUCUUAGUUAAAGGUCCUUGAAAGUUUGAUAUUUAAGGCUCUAAAUACAUCUAAAGCCAUUAUAAAACUCUAAAAUGCAAAGUCAUUGAAGCUUAAGUUUCAAAUAUUUGAAAUAACAAUUAGGCAGAACUCCUCAUUUUUUCCUAUACUGCCAUCCUGCUUAUAGUUGGUAUGUAGUUGCCCUGAAGAUGCACAUGUUAUUUACAGUCGGGCAGUAAUCAGAUAUUCCUGCUGUAAUGCCAUACCCUGUUUGUAGGUUUUUAAAAUUUUAUCUGAUGUGCUGCAGUCUUGCAGGCUGUACUGCUCUAAUUUUGCAGUAUAGGACAGUUGUACCUUGAGUUCCAGACAGCAAUUAAUUCUGCAAGGCUCUAGUGUACAAGAUCCAUGUGUUACAUCUUUAAGUGGCUCAGUAGUUCCUCACACUGUGUGUAAAUAUAUACAAGAUCAAUAUUUAGCCUGUUAAAGUAGGGGGGAAAUGUUUAUUUUACAGCUCACUCUGAGACACAGUAGGAGUUACUGUCCUUUGUAUCUGUGCAGUGUUGAUUGGUGUCACUGAGCAUUCCUCUAACUAAUGUGCUGCAGCCACUGGGAGAUGGAAGUGGGCUUAGAGGGUUGUGUGUGGUUAAGUACCAUGACUGUGCACAUCCAUACUCAGUCAGGAAACUGUCCCUUGAGCAUACCAGCAUGAAGUUUGUUUUCCAGUUGCCAGAUCAAAAGCUCUUGAGAUCAUUAAGGGGAAAAUGGUGUAGUUGUUUUAUGUUUUCUGUAUAGAUGUUUCAUGCCUACUGUUUGCCAUUUAGAUUAAAAAUACAAAAAUAAUCUCAAAAGAAGAUUUGUACUUGGCUUGCCUUUUUUUUAAGUUUGCUACAUGCCUGUCAUUGAUCUCUUAGUGAACAAGUCUUAACCUGUAUUGGAGUAUUGCUACAGAACUGAGACAACAAAGUCUUUUCAAAUACAGUGUGCCAGUGUUAUUUGAUGAAUGCUUUUCUAAAACAAAUUUUAUGCUGUUGUUAAGGAGGGUUUUUUUUUUGGUGGAAGAUAAAAGUAACAUAAUAGAGAUGUGUGUGAUCCUCUUGUAAAAUUAUCUUUGAUUUCAUACAGAAAUGUUUUAUUUCCUCCCUUAAAUUUCUAACAUAAUCUGUAUUAACCAACUUUAAAAUACUGUGACUUGCCCUGGAAUACUGUGGCUCUAAAACAAGACGAUUAGCUUGUAUUAGCUUGAAGUCUAAAACUUUGGGUAGAAGAGGAUCAUCUAAUUUCUUGGAUAAAUAAAAUGCACAGUAUUUUAGGAUAAAGCCAGAAAUGUGCUCUAGUUUGGUUUCAGCUCUUUUAGAAUAUCUUGUAUCAGUGAAAUGUGACAGAACAUUUCUGAAAUUAAUUUGGGGCCUGAUUAAAAGGACUUGUGUAUACAAUACAU